UGUUGGCCAAACUGCAUCUUCUACGCGAAAUGCACGCACGGAGACGCUCGGUUUUAGAAUGUUGUUCGAAAAUCAGCAAUAAAGUUUGUGAAGUUAAUCAAGUGCUUGAAAAGUGUUAUUUAUUGUGGACUCCUUUAGAUUAUAAUUCAUUGUUCAUUAGAAAUAAUAGUGGGUGACGAAAAAAGUUAAGUGCGUCGAAAGUUGAAACAUGGUGCCGCUAGGACCUGGGCCAGGGCAUCCUACCGCACAUCAAACUCACGGCGGGCCUUCUGCCAACUUGUCCGGGCCGAAUUCGUUAUCACAGAGUACCUCGCAAUCUAACAAGUCUUCGGUAGCGAAACCAAAUUAUACACUAAAAUUCACUCUCGCUGGUCACACGAAAGCAGUAUCAUCGGUAAAGUUCAGUCCAAAUGGAGAGUGGCUCGCUAGUUCGUCUGCUGAUAAACUUAUUAAGGUGUGGGGAGCCUAUGAUGGCAAAUUUGAGAAGACUAUAUCCGGACACAAAAUGGGAAUUAGUGAUGUUGCAUGGUCAUCAGAUAGCAGGCUAAUUGUUAGUGCAAGUGAUGAUAAAACACUGAAGGUUUGGGAAUUAAGUUCUGGGAAAUGUUUGAAAACACUAAAGGGCCACAGCAAUUAUGUAUUCUGCUGCAAUUUUAAUCCUCAAAGUAAUCUAAUUGUAUCUGGUAGCUUCGACGAAAGUGUGAGGAUAUGGGAUGUCAGAACAGGAAAAUGCUUGAAGACAUUGCCAGCACAUUCAGAUCCGGUAUCUGCAGUGCAUUUUAAUAGAGAUGGCAGCCUUAUUGUAUCAUCAAGUUAUGAUGGCUUAUGCCGGAUCUGGGACACAGCUUCUGGUCAGUGUCUUAAAACCCUAAUAGAUGAUGAUAACCCACCUGUCUCUUUUGUGAAGUUCUCACCCAAUGGUAAAUAUAUUCUUGCGGCGACACUUGACAACACACUAAAGCUCUGGGACUACAGCAGAGGAAAAUGUCUCAAGACUUACACAGGACACAAAAAUGAGAAAUAUUGUAUUUUCGCAAACUUCAGUGUAACUGGAGGAAAAUGGAUUGUAUCAGGAUCAGAGGAUAAUCUUGUUUACAUUUGGAAUCUGCAAUCGAAGGAGAUAGUGCAACGGUUGUCGGGUCACACAGACACUGUACUGUGCACAGCAUGCCACCCCACAGAGAACAUUAUCGCCUCGGCAGCGCUAGAGAAUGACAAGACAAUCAAGCUUUGGAAGAGUGAUACUUAAUUGAUAAGGGGACUUACAGUGUGCAUCUGUAUUUUGUGGCUUCAUAUUAAAAGCCAGUAAUUGGCUUGUGAAUAUUGAUUUAAGUUUAAAGUCAGAUUAUGAACUAUAAUUGCCUUGAAAGAAAGUUUUGUUAAUAAUUAAGUGACGGCUACCGUGAGGAUACAAAGUAUAUUAUAAUAUGUAAUGUUCAAGUCUUAUCUUUGUGAAAUAAUUUAGAUAUUAUGUACUAGUUAAGUAUGACUCGUUAAGGAUUUGCUUAAGAUUUAACUUGUUGUGGUAAAAAUUAAAUAUUAGUGGUUA